UCAGAGUGGUCGGCGACACCUCGGGGUCUUGGGCAGCCCGAGGGCCUGCUGCGGCCCGAUGGGAGCCUCGCAGUGUCGUGUGCCUAAGUGGGGGGCCUUGAGCCUAAGUGGGGCCUGUGGUCAGGCGGGCCGCGUGCCCAGGUGGGGCGAGCCCGACGGCUGCGCCUCGCUCUGCCAAGGGGUCGGGGUCUGGCCCCGCUGCCAGUGGGAGCUGCUGGUGCCCGCAGGGAGCAUUUCCCUUUGGAGAGAUAAGUCCGGUUUCUUUUGUGAAGGGUACGCAGUCACAGCCUUGAUUUCCUGGAUCUGGUAACAUGGCAAAAGAUGCCAGUCUAAUUGAAGCCAACGGAGAACUAAAGGUCUUUAUAGACCAGAAUCUUAGUCCUGGGAAAGGUGUGGUGUCUCUUGUGGCUGUACACCCAUCCCCAGUGAACACACUUGGAAAGCAGCUUCUGCCAAAAACCUUCGGACAGUCCAAUGUCAAUAUCACACAGCAAGUGGUGAUUGGCACGCCUCAGAGACCUGCAGCAUCAAACACUAUUGUGGUAGGAAGCCCACACACUCCUAACACUCACUUUGUGUCCCAGAACCAGCCGUCUGACUGCUCACCUUGGUCUGCUGGGAAACGGAACAGGAAAGGUGAGAAGAAUGGCAAGGGCCUGCGGCACUUCUCCAUGAAGGUGUGUGAGAAGGUGCAGAGGAAGGGGACCACCUCCUACAACGAGGUGGCUGAUGAGCUGGUGGCAGAGUUCAGUGCCGCGGACAACCACAUCCUACCAAAUGAAUCAGCUUACGACCAGAAGAACAUCCGGCGGCGUGUGUACGACGCCUUAAACGUGCUGAUGGCCAUGAACAUCAUCUCCAAGGAGAAGAAGGAGAUCAAGUGGAUCGGCCUGCCCACCAACUCUGCUCAGGAGUGCCAGAACCUGGAGGUAGAGAGGCAGCGGAGGCUGGAGAGGAUCAAGCAGAAGCAGUCCCAGCUCCAGGAACUCAUCCUGCAGCAAAUUGCCUUCAAAAACUUGGUGCAGAGAAACCGCCAGGCCGAGCAACAAGCCCGCAGGCCACCUCCUCCUAACUCUGUCAUCCACUUGCCCUUCAUAAUUGUCAACACCAGCAGGAAGACCGUCAUUGACUGCAGCAUCUCCAAUGACAAAUUUGAGUAUCUGUUUAACUUCGACAACACAUUUGAAAUCCAUGAUGAUAUUGAGGUGCUCAAGCGCAUGGGCAUGGCGUGCGGGCUGGAAUCUGGCAACUGCUCUGCAGAAGACCUCAAGGUGGCAAGAAGUCUGGUACCAAAAGCUCUAGAACCAUAUGUGACAGAAAUGGCUCAGGGAUCCAUUGGCGGAGUAUUUGUCACGACAACAGGUUCUACAUCCAAUGGCACAAGGCUUUCUGCCAGUGAUUUGAGCAAUGGUGCGGACGGGAUGCUGGCCACAAGCUCCAAUGGGUCUCAGUACAGUGGCUCCAGGGUAGAGACCCCUGUUUCCUGUGUUGGGGAGGAUGAUGACGAUGAUGAUGACUUUAAUGAGAAUGACGAGGAGGACUGAUCAACUGUAGACCCUCUCCCCUCACGUUCAGCUUCAGGAAAAAUGCCUAAAGAGAAACUUUAAAGUGGGGCUUUCUGCUCUUUUUGGCCUACUCCAAGAAGACACCCAUGAGUUUUGGAGUUAGAUGUGCAGCUCCAGGAAAGGAUUGUGCCCGCGGUUUGAGCCGCGCUACGGAUGUGUUUUGAAGCCAGCGUGCUGAUGCAGAGCCUGUAUUUACUUUUUAGGAUGUGUUUUCUGUCUCUCUUUCUCAUGCUUUCUCUUUCUCUCUCUCUCUUUUUUUUUCUUUUAAGUUUGAAGUUGAUUUUGCCCCUCAACAGUUGUUGCUGGGUUUGUUGAGGAAACUGCACUGCACCCAUAUCAGUGACAAUAAUAAAAAGCUAACUUGCCUUGGGUGUCCAGCACUUAGUUGGUGGAUAGCCUGGCUUUAGGAUGAAUUUUUUCAUUUGUUAAUCAUGCAGUGUCCAAAGAACCAAGCCAGUAGCAAAGCUCUACUUUUUAAAUGUUAAGCGCCAUACAUCUUAUUAUGACUUUAUUUUUCCUUAAAUUAUAUUGACUGUCAUAAUUCCAUCAAACUUGUACACUUUCUCUAUUGCAGCAACAAAUUGCAAAGCAGUUUUCUUGUUUGUUUGCCUUUGUUUUUGUUUGGAAGAAGUUUACUGCCACGCUGGUGCAGCUAUGGAAAUUAUCUAGAAAGUUUGCUUAUGGUAAAUUUGCCUGAUUUCUUACAGGCUACGUUUGGAAACUUUUUAUUAUAUAGUUGUUUACAUACUUAUAAGUCUAUCAUUUAAAGACGUGUACUGAAACAAAUGUUGUAUUUGUUUCAUAAGCAUCUUCCUGUAAUCUAUUAUAAAGUUGAAAUUAAACAUAGAGAAUGUUUUAACAGUUUUUUAACUCAAAAUUUGUCAAUCAUUUUUAAUAGUUCUUUUUUUAUAAAAAGAAAAAGGAAUUUAAGGACAGGCAAUAGUCUCUUAAAAUUUAUUCACAAGAACUCAUUAACUGCACAGUUGCCCUUAGCUGCCUGUUCUAAAAUGAUGGUCUUUUUAUUGAAACACAAAUAAACUUUUCUGUAAUAUUUUAUGGAAUAUAAAGAGACUUAAAUUGUUUGACUUGUUUAACUUGGCACUGUUAGUUUUUAUUAAUAAAACGCGCAUGGGCAU